CUUCUCAAAGGAGAGAAUGGUUUUUGAGUUCGAACAGAACUGGUACACACAGAGAAAGUAAGUUUUCUCUCGCCAGCUGUUAUAUACGUAUCGGUCCUUUCUCCUUCCAAAACCCUAAUUUACUUCUCGAUUUAUGUAAGAUCUUCUCUGAAAUCGAUUUUUAGGCAGAAUGGCUCUGAUUUGCUGAUUCCGGUCUCGAUCUAGACUUCGGAGGUGCAGUUUCAGGGCUUCGAUCUGAAAAUUCGAUUCUUCAGAGAGUUCCGGAAGUUCUGUUUCUGCAUCUCUACCGAUCGAUGGCAUCCAAACUUGUAAGUCUCUCCGAUCUCAAAAUAUCCGGCUUAUCUAUUUCUGUUUUCAAUUGAUUUCCACCGGUUUGAUACUGUGAUCGUGGGGGACAAGGAAAGUACAACAAACUUAUUCGAUUUUAGGUUCCUUUACUCCCUCGUUUGCUUCAUUCCACUCCUUUUUGUCCAAUGACGGCGGAGAUGAAUGGAACUUUUGAGGUUGAAUUUGAACGGAAGAGCUCUUCGAAUUUGAGUUCCUGUGAAGACCGUGGGAAGAUCGGUGCUGAAUACAACUGCAUUGUGCAUGACGGUGCAGAAGAGAUUGAUCCCGAUGCCAAGGAGGACGGAGAUGCUUCUUAUGUUUUUGUCAAUGGAGCAGAUUCUGCUUCUGAUGAUCUCGUAGAAAAGGAUCUCGAUUCAGAGUGUGUCGUGGAUCCAGCUGAAGCAAUGGAAACGGAGCCUGCAGUCGAGGAAAAACCAGUUCCGGAAUACAAUGGUGGUUCUUCAAGCGGUGUGAAACUGGUCGAAUUUGAAGAAUUGAGUGUUCAAAAGGGAGAUAAAUCUUGUGUAGAGAGGACUUGCAAUGUCGAGGAAAAUAUGGUUCUGCCUUCCAACCAUGGUGAUACCAUGGAAGGCUUGCAAGUCUCACAGAAAGGCGAUGAAAUUGAGAGGAGUAAUACAAUUGAGGAGAAACAUGAAAUACAAUUGGAACUGGAACAGCUAGACAGCGAGGAGAAGGUGGAGAUGCAGAGUGAAUUAGCAUCCUCUGCGGAAGUAGAAGAAAGUCUGAAAUCUCAAAUUACGGUUGGGGAAACUGUUGAACAUGAAAUACAAUGGCCUGGUAAUGAGGGAAUGGAAGAAUUAACUACAGAGGUGGAAGCCAAUCAGGAAAUUCCAAUCUUUAUUACAGAGACUGUUGCGUUGGAAUUGCAACAGCUUGACAAUGAGAAGGUGGAGAAGCAAAAUGAAUUAGUAUCUUCUGAAGAAGUAGAAGAAAGUUCGAAAUCUCAAAUUAUGGUUAGGGAAGCUGUUGAAUAUGAAUUACAACAAAGCAGUAAUGAAGGGGUGAAAGAAUUAACUAUGGAAGUAGAAGCCAAUCAGGAAGCUCUGAUCUCUAUUACAGAGACUGUUGAGUUGAAAUUGCAACAGCUUGACAGUGAGGAGAAGGUGGAGAAGCAAAAUGAAUUAGUAUCUUCUGUGGAAGUAGAAGAAAGUCCAAAAUCUCAAAUUAUGGUUAGGGAGGCUGCUGAACAUGAAUUACAACAGUCCAGUAACAUGAUAGAAUUAACUACAGAAGUAGCAGUCAAUCAGGAAACUGUGACCUCUAUUACAGAAACUGUUGAGUUGGAAUUGCAGCAACUUAAUAGUGGCAAGGAGGCUGCAGCACAAAAUAAGUUUGAGGAGGAUAUGGAGCAGAGUAAGUUAUUAGAGUUUUCUGCGGAGAUAAAAGAAAAUCGGGAACCUCAGCGAACCUUAUCUUUCAAACAGCUCGAGGAGGAGAAGCUUGAGAUGCACCAUCAUGGGGAAGAGGUUGAAGAACAUAUUAAAUUCGAGUCAGCUAAAGAGGAAGAAGAAAAUUUGGAGACUCAAACAAAAGUUACAGAAGCAGUUGAACCCAAUGAGUUUGAUCAGCAACAAAAUUCUGAGGGGAAAGCCAAGCAAAGUCAAUUAGAUUUCGCCACAGAAGUUGAAGAUAGCGCGGAGAUUCCUUUGGAGCACUCCUCAGAAGGCCCCAGGACUGAGCUUGAGCCAAGGCCGGAAGCAGUUAUUGUAGAUACAAGUAUACAAAUAAAGGCUGUAAAUGAUUCUGAUGAAAGGCAAGAAAAGUCUCAGUGUCCUAUUGGUGAGAUGGAGACUGAACUGGAAAGUGCAAAUAGAUCUGCUAGAAAUAUCCAAAGCUUCUACUGUCCAACAGGUGACUUGAAAUUGGAAACUGAAGUUGAAAGUACAAUCAUUGAACAUGAUGAAUGGGUGCCUGCUGAUCCUGUUGAUGAUCCGGGACUACAAUCAGAAGUUGUAAAUUAUUCCCAAAAGAAAAUAGAAGCUUCUCCCACUUGCCCCGUUGAUAAAACAGAGUCAGAAACUGAAGUUAGAAAUCCUUCUGAAGUCAAUGAGAGUUUGGUUGCUGAUGCUGAUGAUAGAAAAUCAGAAAAUGUUGUUCAUAAUGGAUCUGUUGAUGAUGUAGAAAGUAUAACUACUUGCCCUGCUAAUAGUGGGGAAUCGAGAACUGUGGUUGGAAAUGGUUCUAUUGAAGUAGAGAUGGAAGUGGAGGAUACGAACACUUAUGUUGUAAAUGCCAGUACUUUGUCCUUGCCUACCUAUAAUGUUGCUGAUGUGGGAUCAGAAUCUGAAGUUGGAAACAUCUAUCGUGUGAAUGAAGGGGAAAUCCCUACUGCAGAUGUUUCAAAGUUGGAAGUUCCAGUUCAAUUUGGCUCAUUUGGAAUUAAUGGAAGUGUUCCUAACUGUUCCAAUAAUGUUAUAGAUAUUGAAAAUGGAGGUCACUCAACUACUGGAGAAAGUGAUGGAAAGAAAAUUUGCCAAGAAUCUGAGGACAUUGAAGUGUUUCACAGGGAUGAGAGCCCAAGGUCUUCUUCCCAUGAGGGUUCUACUGCUGAUGCUUCAGAUGAACAGAAGGUAGAAGCAGAGGUGGGCAAAAGGCCUUUCCAUUUUUUGAUUAAGGUUCCAAGACAUGUCGAUGAUAAAAUUAAGGAGCAGAUUAGACUUGCUCAGCUACAAGUUGAUGAGAAGACUAAAAAUCGGGAUGCUAUAAGAGCAGCAAUUCAAGUAAAAAGGGCUAGUUGCAGCGAGUAUCGUGAUAAAUUUGAAGGUGCUAAAUCAGAGGAGAGAGCUGCACGUGAUGCACUGAAUGCUAAAAGGCAGGAAAUUGAUUCUCUUCAAUCUGCAAUUUCUAUUGAUGAUAUUGAUGAUAGGAUACAUAAAAUGGAACAUAUGAUAGAACAUGAAACAAUGCCUUUGAAAGAAGAAAAACAGCUGAUACGUGAAAUCAAGCAAUUGAAACAACUCCGUGAACAGCAUUCUUCUAACAUGGGUAGACAGGAUGAACUUCAGCAGGCAGUAGACCGGAGGGACAAUAUUGAAGUGCGAUUUAAGCUCUUAAAGCAGGAAAUCGAUUCGUUAAGAAGAAAUGUUUUGCAAACUGAAGGGAUCACUAAAGCUGUUAGGAAAAUAUACUUUGAGGAAAAUGAAAGGCUAAGGGAUUUACAAGCUCAGUUUAAAGCUGCAGAUGAUCUUCGUCAAGAAGCAUAUACUUGUUUACAGAAUCUGAAGAAAGAAUUCUAUGAUAAGAACAAAUAUUUUCGGAUGUACAAGGAUGACUUGAAGGUAGCCAAUGAUUUUGCAUCUUCUAGAGAUAAAGAAGGUCUUCAACGCCAUUGUCUAAAGCAGGUGGAUACAAUAAUGGAACUAUGGAAUAAGAAUGAUGAAUUCCGGAAUGAGUAUGUUAGAUGCAACACAUUGAGUACACUAAGAAGAUUAAGGACAUUGGAUGGCCGAUCACUUGGCCCUGAUGAGGAACCACCUGUACUACACAAUGCUGCAGAUGAGAUAGUUGAUGGUGCUAUUUUAGCCUCAUCCAAGAUAAUCCUCUCAACUUCAGAACAAGAAAAGUCAGUUACACCUUCAGAAGACGAAAAAGCAGAUUUUAAGUCCAGGGUAAAGGUCGAACAAAAGAACAUUAUAGCCAAAUCUAAGGUCACCAAACCGGCAACACUAGACAACAGCUCUGUGACUGUUUCUGGUAGGGAAGUGAUAAAAGAGGUAAUAAUAGAAGAGAACAUUCAAACAAAAGAGGAAGAGGAACUGGCCAGAAAGGCAGAGGAGUUGAGAAAGGAAGAAGCUGCAGCUAGAUUGAAGGAGCAGCGCCGAUUGGAGGAGAAGGCCAAAGCAAAGGAGGCAGAAGAGAGGAAGAGGCGCAAUGCAGAGAAGGCCCAAGCUAGGGCUGAAUUGAGAGCACAGAAAGAAGCUGAGCUCAAAGAGAAGGAAAGGGAGAAAAGGGCAAGGAAGAAGGAAAGGAAGAAGGCAGCUACAGAAGAAACAACAGAUGGUGUCAAUGAAAGAGAGUCUUCUCCAAGCUCAGAAAACACCCCACCAGAAGCUACACCAGAACCUGAAAUCAAAGAAAAGCCUCCCACAGUGGCAAAGAGGCCUCAGAGACCAUCAUCAUUGUCAAAGCAGAUUAAGACAAAGCCUCUUCCUCCACCUCUUCGCAAUAGGGGUAAGAGAAGGAUGCAGACAUGGAUGUGGGUCCUUGUAGCAGCCUUGCUUGUUCUUGCUUUGUUCUUGGUUGGAAACAUUGGCUUCUCUUAUAAGCUCAGUUCACUAGGCUUUGGGUUCUGAAAACAUCAGCCAAUAUACUAGUAAAAAAUAUAGAGGUUUGAAUAGGAUAUGUCAGUCAUUCUUUUGUGAACCAUUAAGAGGCUUUCAUUUGUUCUAUUUCUUUGUUAUCCCUUGGUUAGUUUUAUUUUGUUAUUAGUAUCAUCGCAUCAACGUCUAGUCUUUAGUAUGUACGAGGAGGGCUUUUUCUUUUCAUACAUUCUCAGCGAGAUUGGUUUUCUGUUAUUUGCUAUAACAAAUACGAUUAAUUUCAUAUGCUGUUUUUUCGUCCAGUACUACAUAAUAAAAGUGAUCCAUUGUGUUUCUUA